AUGGCUAUCUGCACAGAUCAUGCCCCGGCCUUAGCAGGCAGUACGAUCUUCUUGACCAUAGCAGCCUUACUAACCUAUGGCUUGCGGGUUUACUGUAGAAUAUCCCGCAGAUCAUGGGCAUUGGACGACUGGAUCAUGACGGUGGCACUGGUACCAUUUAUCGUGCUUACUGUAGGUGUUAUUGGAGGCGCUUUCAAUGGAAUUGGCAUUCAUAGCACGACACUUAUGCUCCCCGGUAAUGAAAAAUACACUACACUGGGAAAUAAGUAUUUUUUGAUAUUCGAAGUCGGCUACUGCGCGACUAUCAUUUUCGUCAAACUCAGUAUCAGUAUGAUGUUGAUUCGAGUAGCCAAGGGACACAAAAUCUAUCUCCUUAUGCAAUAUAUCAUCAUUGCUAUGUUUGUUGUUAUGAACAUUAUCGCUUUCAUCUUUAUUUUGACAAACUGCAUCCCCAUACAAGCUGCCUGGAGCCAAGAAGCUCUCGACAAUGGAGGCCACUGCAAGCCAGGUUAUAUCCUUGCUAAUGUGUACUACGCUUGUACUGCUGUCAAUAUCCUUACUGAUUGGGUGACAGCUUUCAUGCCGGUUCCUCUGCUUUGGAAUGUACAAAUCAACCGCAACACUAAAAUUUCUAUCAUUGGUUUGAUGGGUCUCGGUAUCUUUGCAUCCUUGUCAGCAUGUGUCCGACUGAAGUACACUGUUGCCCUGACUCAGUCAAAUGAUUACCUUUAUGGUAUCGCCGAUGUAGUAAUCUGGGGAUUUGCAGAGAAUGCCGUCGGUAUGAUAGUUGGAAACGUGGCAACCCUCCGCCCACUACUACGAAUCCUCCUUGAUCGCAAGGCUUCUGAUUAUAAGAAGGACCAAUCACCUGGGUACAUGAGUUCGCACCGUACUGGAGGGGCUGGUUUCUCACAAACCUACGAGCUCGCAGUUACCAACCAAAUUAUCACCACGAAAGGAAAUAGACGCGACAGCGUGAGCGAUGCAGAUAGCCAGAAGGAAAUUCUUGACAAUUUCAAACGGCCUGGCCGAGAUGACAUUAUUGUCAGUCGACAGGUUGAUGUGGCGUAUGAAUAG